AUGGAGGCCGAACCUGUGCCGCUGGACCUAUCGGUCGACCUGGACAGCCUCGAUGAAACCGAACUCAAGAUGCGACUGAUGCAGAUGGAGAGGGAGCUGGAGUACGUCCGCAGCGACCGGGACCGUAACCAGCUGUACCUCACCAGGAUCUUGAGAGAGGUCGAUCAGAAGAGCCCCCUCCUGAUGAGCAACAAGAAGGACUACCAGCGAGUGCUGCAGUCCCACGAGCAGCUCUUCCUCAAGGUGGAGGCAAGCAUGCGGCGCUGCCAGAAGGCCGAGAUGGAGAGGGAGGUGGCCGCGAGGGGCAGGGACCGCAUCGAGCGGGAGCUGGAGGACAAGCUCGAGCGGGAUCUCGGCCGCCCCGUCGAGCGCAACGGCGGCGGCGGUGACGGUGGGGUUUCCAAGGGAGGGAACGUCGUCCCGCAGGAUCUCGAUCAGGUGAUCUCCGACCACUUGGUGACAUUCCAGGACAUCCGGGAGCUGCAAGAGCGCAACAGGUCCCUGGUGCAGGUGGUUCGCCAGAUGACCGCCGAGCUCAAGGACACGAAGGCGGCGAAGGACGUCGAGCAGCGCAGCCUCAACUCCAAGGUCGUGCAGGAGAUGGAGCGGCAGCUGGACGAGCUCAAGGAGUCCAGGAAGCGCCAGGACGAGAUGCUGGUUACGGUUACGGGUGCACGCCACGCCGAGGACCAGGUGAAGACCUUGAUGGCCGACCGGGCCUCAAGGACCAAGCAGCUCGACGUUGCUUCGGACAAGUUCAUGAGGCUGAGCGGCAACGUGGUUAGGCUUCAGAACCAUCUCGAGCAGCAGAAGAACGACGCGCUCGACGCCCAGAACAAGGUUAAGGAUAUCGCCCUCGCAAACCAGGCGCUAAAGGCGGAGAAGGACAUGGCGGAGGUACGGUACGGUACAUUACGUUACAUUACGUAACGGAACGGUAUCCUGCGGGUCGGUACGGUAUGGUACGGUAUCCCGUAUAUAUUGGGAACCGUGUGUGUUGGGAGGAGCGCGUCGUCUCGGUGGAGAGGAAGGCGUUUUCCUUCCUCUUCCGACCCCCCCCGCCCCCCCUUUGCUGCUGCUGCUGUGUGGUGUUGUCGUGGGAGUAUGCAAUCGAAUGUCAGAAGACGAUAUUAAGUCGUUUGAAGAAAACGAGGGAGAGCCGGGAGUGGGUCCCGUACGCUUGGUGAUACGAAACGGCCGUCGGAAACCG